UUCUGCUGCCCUCCAGCGGUCUGCAGGCGGAGCUACAGCCCGGGCUGGGUAACCUCCUCCCCGGCCGCCGCCGCUCUGUGUUUGUGUAUGUGGAAUGCGGGUCAAGCGGAACUCACGGCUAAAACUGCGCUUCACAUCAAACUCUAACACCGGCUUGCAUCGGCCUGACGUACUCUUGUCUCUACGCUGGAGCUCCACAGACAACAACGAUGAAGAGAAGCAGGCACCCCAGCAGCAGUGAUGACUCCGACAAUGGAAGUAAUUCUACCUGCUGGUCCCAGCAUUCAUCACAGCCCAGGAGGGGGACCGGGCAGAAACCCUCCGAGGUUUUCAGGACGGACCUGAUCACCGCCAUGAAAGUGCAUGACUCGUACCAGCUGAACCCCGAGGACUACUACGUCCUCGCCGACCCGUGGAGGCAGGAGUGGGAGAAGGGCGUCCAGGUUCCCGUCAGCCCCCAGUCCAUCCCGCAGCCUGUCACCAGAGUGCUGGCAGAGAAAGGAAAGGAGGUCAUGUUCGUCAGGCCAAAGAAGCUGAUCCGGACGUCGGGCACCGAGGCGCUGGGCUACGUGGACAUCCGGACGCUGGCGGAGGGGAUGUGCCGCUACGACCUGAACGAGGAAGACGUGGCCUGGCUGCAGAUCACCAACGAGGAGUUUGCAGAGAUGGCCAUGUCGCCGUUGGACGAGAUCACCAUGGAGCGGGUGAUGGAGGAGUUCGAGCGCUGCUGCCACGAGAACAUGACGCACGCCAUGGAGACGGAGGAGGGGCUGGGCAUCGAGUACGACGAGGACGUGGUGUGUGACGUCUGCCGCUCGCCCGACGGCGAGGACAACAACGAGAUGGUGUUCUGCGACAAGUGCAACAUCUGCGUUCACCAGGCGUGUUACGGCAUCCAGAAAGUCCCGAAGGGCAGCUGGCUGUGCCGGAUCUGCGCCCUCGGCAUCCUGCCAAAGUGCCAGUUGUGUCCCAAGAAGGGCGGAGCCAUGAAGCCGACCCGAAGUGGAACCAAGUGGGUCCACGUCAGCUGUGCCUUGUGGAUUCCAGAGGUGAGCAUCGGGAAUCCAGAGAAGAUGGAGCCGAUCACCAACGUGUCCCAAAUUCCCAGCAACAGAUGGGCUCUGAUCUGCUGCAUGUGCAAAGAGAAGACCGGAGCGUGUAUACAGUGCUCAGCGAAAAACUGCCGGACUGCCUUCCACGUGACGUGCGGCCUCCACGCCAGCCUUGAAAUGAACACCAUCCUCACCGAGGACGACGAGGUCAAGUUCAAGUCCUACUGCCCCAAACACUCGGGGCUGGAGGGCGCCGAGUCCAGGGACCGAGAUUCAGAAGGCGAGGAGGAGAAGGAGAGCGCCAGAGACAAGAAGGGCAAGAGGAGAGGCAGGGUGAGAGGGGAGGAGGACGCCGCUGCCCCCCGCUCCUCCUCGUCCUCCUCUGUGGCUCCUCAGCUCAUCGGCAGGGCGGCCGGCGACCUGGGGGAGCUCAGCAGCCGCCAGCAGGAGAAGAGAGUCAACCUCCGCAAGCUGAAGCUGGAGGCCAUGGAGGAAGACUUCUACCAGUUCGUGGGGGUGGAGGAGGUGGCCGGUCACCUGAAGCUGCCGCCGGAGGUGGUGGACUUCCUCUACCAGUACUGGAAACUGAAACGCAAAGCCAACUUCAACCAGCCGCUCCUCACGCCCAAGAAGGACGAGGAGGAGAGCCUGGCACGCCGGGAGCAGGAGGUGCUGCUGCGACGCCUGCAGCUCUUCACACACCUGCGACAGGACCUGGAGAGGGUUCGUAACCUGACCUACAUGGUGACUCGGAGGGAGAAGAUGAAGCGCUCGCUGUGGAGAGUCCAGGAGCAGAUCUUCCAGCAGCAGGUCCGACUGCUGGACCACGAGCUGCUCACGGGCGAUCCUUCAGCGAAGGACUUGGAGAAGCUCUUCUCUCUGGGCUGGUUAACGUCUCAGGGCUCCCAGUCUCGCUCCUCCUGGAGCCACUCUGGACUGAAAACCAAACGGGGGUCUUUAAAGCAGGAAAAAAGGAAAAGCAGUGAGAGAAAAGGCCUCUCCGACUCCCUGCACACUCACAGGAAGGACAAUCUGAGCAAACCACUGGAAACAAAGGACAGCAAAGGCCCCCGAAUCAAAGAGUCCGCACCUGCUGAGGCCACGAGCGACGCCAAAAUCCACACGGCUGAGAUCGGCCAGGAGGUCCAGGUCCCGAAGCUUCAGAAGCCAGAGCUCGUUCAGGAAACCAUCGCCGUCAAGCUGCACAGGCCGGAGAGCAGGAAAGGCCCGAGAAGGGAGGCGCCAGGGCCCGACCACGAGGCGCUGGCCAGACGGAAACGAGACAGCGACCAGGAACAAGAGGAGAAGAGGAGGAAGAGGAGGAGCGAUGUGACGGAAAGCUUCCCCAGCCAGGUGAAGAACAGGUUCGGCUCCAAACAUCUGGAGAAAACCGUUUCCGUCCGGCUGGUCGACAUCAGGAACUCUGACGCCGACGACUACUUCAUGGACGAACGAAUGACCAAAAGAAUCCCCGUCUCUCUGGACGUGACCAACACUAAACUGAACAGAGCCGGCAUGGUCUCAGACGCCGCCGCCGCCACCAAAAGCAACGGCUGUCUGAGGAAAACCCACGCCAACGGCUCGCACACGCCCAGCAGACACGUGGCCGGACACCUGAAAGGCUGGGGCAAGUUCAGGAUCCCGAAGAGGAGCGAGAGGCCUCUGACGGCCGAGGAGGAGGAGGAGGAGGAGGUGCACUGCAAGCCGCUGCUGAGGCCGCUCACCCACACGCCGGAGCCGUCGUACCCCAGGACCAGACUCCGCACGGGGACGGAGAACGACGGCUACGCCUCCGACUCCAAAGCGGGCGACGGCGAGAUGGAGCCCUGCUUGAAACGAUGUCACUCCCACCAGCUGAGGGGCGACUCGUCUCUCGGCCGGCGCUACGGGUCUGACAUCAUCCGCCGAGGCGUGCUGGCCUCCUGAUGGCGGAGCAACUCCGGUUGAAAAUAAGCUGCACUGUGUUAGUCGGAAAAGAACGACGGUCGCUCUUUGUACCUUUAUUUUUCUGGAUGAAUCGUAAAAUGCCUAGAUUAAAAACAGAGCUGAUAUUUAUUUUUUAUUUGUAACAUAUGUAAAUCUGGGAAAUAUUUUACUUUGUACUUUAUUUGGAGCUAGUUUUUAUUCUUUUUUUUUUUUUUCUUUUAAAGUAGAAAGAUGUCAAGUUGCCACUUAAACGCUCGCUCAGAUAUUUACAAGCAAAAGCAUCAGCGAGGGAGAAGUCGUGAUCGUUGCUUGGGACCAUAAGCUUGCAGUGUAGUCCGUGUUGACGUAGAAGGACUCUGUCGGUCUUUUUUUCAGCUUCAUUGGAUGCUAACAGCUACGGCGGCGUGAAAAGGUUCAGACUCCUCUGGUCCAGGUUUCUGAGUAAAAGAUGAGCUGAUUUCCAACAGGCGUCAAGUUUUAUUUCCACUUUUUACAGUUUUCCUGUUUCAUUAAAAGUGCCAGAAGCAAAAGUUUGGGCAUCCUGCGUGUGUUUAGUAACACGCCGUUUGUUAAGUAUCACAGCUUUUAAAGGCUUCUUGCAGCCAGCUGAGAGUCUUUCGGUUCUUGUUUGGAGGAUUUCAGUCAUUCUUUCUGCAAAAGGCUUCUAGUUCUGUGAGGUUCUUGGCCUUUAGAGGUCUGUCCACAGAUGUUUGAUGAUCUUUAGGUUGGGGGGCAGUGAGGACCACUGCUUAGGAUUAUUUUCCUGUUGUAGAAGUCGUCCUCUUUUCAUCUUCAUGUUCCUCGUCCACUGGCUGCAACACGAGCCCACGGCAUGAUCGAUCCACACAUCUUCACCAGAGGAAGUUCUACACCCUUUUUUCUCCAAACCUAGCUUGGGUUAGGGGUUAGGGGUUAGGGGUUAUCUUAAAAGUUCUGUUGUAACCAUCAGUUGACAGGUUUUCUUUCCAAAAUGCGUCGGUCUUGUUUAGGUGUUCCUUUACAAACUGAUGCUGAAUUUUGUUGUGAGGACGCAGGAAAGUUUUCUUCUUCUCUUCAUGAAGCGUUGAAAUUUGCUGGAGCAAUAUCAAGCUGUCUGAGAGCUUAAAUGUGUUGGGGUGCCCAAACUUUUGCAUGGUCCUCUUUUCUUAUUUUCACUCUGAAAUUGUAAAACAAAAAAAAGCUCUGAUCUUGCUUUAAAAAGAAAAAAAGGCUCAUCUUUACCGUAACGCCGUCCGGAGAUCAGUCCGCCUUCUACUCACUGAACUGUUCGGUGACGGUAAUUUCGACGAGGGCGGGCCAAACCUUUUCACGCCGCUGCACAAACAGGAAGUCAAACUGCCCUUUUAUCGCACUUAAACUCCAGCUGUCAUCAUGUCUUCAGUCUGCGAUUGUUGAAUCCUCGAACGGAGAAGAAAUUCAGAAGGACGUUUAACUUGUCAUCAGCAAGUGUAAUUGAACUGCGAUCGUAUUGUAUCCAUCACGUGCCUAACUUUUAUUUGAAGCGUUUGCACUACGAGAGGACGGCACAGGUGUGAGGUAUGAGUAGAGUUAUUUUUACACUGAAUAAUGAAAUAGCGUUUUGUACCCUCGGCCGCUGCUGUACUACUGUUAUGCAAAAUGAAAGUUGUUUUGUCUUCGUCUUAAAGGGGAAUAAAAACUCUGGAGGACUGAA